AUAUAAACAAUGUACUAGUCCUACGUAGAUUAAUUAUUAGUAGGUUACACACCAUUAAAAUUUCUUUGUAUUCAAGUUUCGUUUGCACAGUAAAAUAAUAAUGAUUAAUACUUAUGAGGAAAAGAAAAAUCCAUGUGUUUUAUGCGUCGACACAUUAAACAGUGACAAUGUGAACGUAAAACAAGACUACCUAGAGUUCAGUUUAGACGGUAAGGGUGCGACGUUAGUCAUAAGAGAGGUGUCUGUUGAAGACAUAAACCAGCAACCGAAGGAAGAAGAGAUCCAAGAACCGGAAAAGCCUCCUGAAGAUGAAUCAAUCCGAGUACCGAGUCACAUAUCACCAGAGCAGACAUCUCCCAGAACAGAAGUGAGCCCGUGGUUCGAUGUUGGGCAAAAAGUGUCACAAGGAAGACACGCGGGGUUACACGCGUUGUAUACAAAGAAGUGGUCAGGUAAGACAUAUUAUGAGGAAGAAUUCCGAAAACUUAGACUUAAAGAAUACAUGAAAGAAGUGAACGUUGCCGAAAGGAAGCGACAUGUUUGGAAGCAAUUUAAAAAGGAAAUAGAAAAGGAUAAAAUACGUGACUUGAUCAAGGGUAGUGGGCCAGAGUGGUGGCAGGAACCGUCCCGCAAACAGAUCUGCCUGGUGACGUCAUUGUGUGACGUGAUCAAAGCCGAUCACGAAGAGGGGGUGACAGGUCGUACUCGCCAGUGGUUGCUGGAUCUCGGGGUCACCACAAGAGUCACUCCCGGACAGGUCAGAUCCUGCAUGAAACGAUCUCUUCUCAACCCCGAAGAUUUCCUUCUGGAAGUACAUGCUGUUAUUUUGAAAUCGCAGAUGAAAAAGAAAAGAGGAAAUUUACAGAAACCAUUUUCCGGCAACGAACGACUUCUUUUGUCAGCAGUGUGCGUUCUACACCUUCCUGUACUCCUCACGAUGCUGCAUUUUAUUCUUCCAUCUCCAAAACCAUUUUCAGAAGCGAAACACAUUCAAGAAAUUCUAUUCGGAGAUCUAGAGGACGAAAGGAUCAGGUACUCCACGCCUUAUAUGGAGCCAUUGCCAUUUCGGAGUAAAACGCAAUACCACAGCUGGGCUCUUGACAAAGUGUUCAUGGCUCUUCUUCCCUCCCUGUUACUGGACGACUCUGGCAAUAAGAGAAGUUCGCUUGAUACGACAGGAAGAGCAAUAUCGUCCAUGGUGGGGUCAUUCACAGGUAAAAAUAACGUGGAUAAUAAAAGUGAACUCGCAAAGACUGUCGAUUCCUCUGUUUCAGUUGGAGAGUUGAUCUCCCAUUGUGUUUCUUCACACAUCGAUACGCUGAAGUCGCAUUUAGACGAGGGCUCAGACACAAAAAGAUCCUUCACUAGAAAUAUCUCUGGAACUCAAGUUAAACAUCAGAGAGAGUCUUAUCGCACGCGUUUUGAAGGUGGAAGUGGGUAUUUUGGCACAGAAACUUCAUUCGCGGUAAACCCAGAGGUACCUGACAGUAAUAAUAUUGUCAACAUAACUGAUACAUAUAUAUCGGUCCGGGAUGACAGUAAUUUUUGGAGUCAACCGCAGUUAGAUAGUACAAUUGUUCAGAGUUUCGCCGAUCUAAGAUUAAGCUCAGGGGUGGUAGACUCCCCGGACCAGUUACAAGAAGUUGAAGAGCAACACAUGUCCGUAAUUUUUGGAGAAAACAACUUACAGACAUACACGGACAGACUGUCACAUGAGGACUUCCAAGAACAAGAUUUGGGUUAUAGAGAAUUGCAGAAACUGUGUGAAGAGAUUCGAGAAUUGCCUAGAGAAAAACAACUUCGGAGUGCUCUUAAAAUCCUAUCUGAUUUGGGUGAUCCCUUAGCACAACUUCCCAAACUACACAAACUUCCUGCCAUACAGCGAUGGUUAGAAAUCAGAAGAGGAAAAAGGAGGGUUUUAUCUGAAGAGGUGAAACAAAAACUCUUACAAACGAGCAGAGGGAUGUGGAAGACGGCUAUGACAACUCAAUCUACAAAAGGACCCAAACUAGACAUUCCGAAAAGAGAAGAACGCCUUCUAACUUGGGACAGGAAAAAGUGGCUUAAUUCUCAGGUAAAGCGAGAGUUACUAAAUUACAAUUCUCGAUUGAGACAGGAAAAAGUUGACAAUGCUCGCUACUUCUUUCCUGCAAUGCUCAAUCAUUACGACCACGGAUCCAAAUUAAAUAGAAAUUUUCGCGAUCUAUAUUUUACGUAUUUUCCCUCGAGAGAAGCUGAUAUAUUUCCAUACAGACCUUGGAAACCAAAUGAAACAAAGAAUUCUAAAGUUAUGUAGUGUAAGUUUAAUAUUAAAUACACCAUACAUGUAUGUAUUUAAUAUAGAUUGUUUAUGUUAUUUUAAACGUGUUAUUGAUU